UGUACAACAAAAAGACGAAUCUGGAUUGGAAACGGUUGCUAUUUCCCUCAGUGCUCCCUCUGAGAUGAGCAAGGAGAGCUUCAAGGAUAUAUAAUGCAAAUUGAUCUACGGAACUACCAGUGGGAGGUUAUACAGCCUGCUCUUCGGGGCAAGAAUAUCAUCAUAUGGCUCCCGACAGGUGGAGGGAAGACCCGUGCAGCUGUGUUUGUUGCCAGACAUCACCUGGAUACAAAGGGAGGGAAAGGCAAAGUCGCUGUUCUUGUAAAUAAGGUGCCUCUGGUGAAUCAACAUUAUGAAAACGAGUUUGAGCCUGCCCUCAAGCAUGCAUAUAAAGUGGCAGCCAUAAGUGGUGACAGUGAACUUAAGGAGCAAUUUGCACUUGCUGUACGGAAGUAUGAUGUAAUUAUCUGCACAGCACAGAUUCUCCAAAAUGCACUGACCAGCACUGAAGAAGAAAAGCAUGUGGACCUAACAGAAUUCUCUCUGCUGGUAAUCGAUGAGUGUCAUCACACACAGAAAGAUGGAGUAUAUAAUAAAAUCAUGGGACACUACAUUGAAAAGAAACAUCAGGGUGCAAAGGACUUACCUCAAAUCCUUGGAUUGACAGCAUCACCUGGAACAGAUGGAGCCAACAGUUUGGAACGUGCAAAGAAACAUAUCUUACAGAUCUGUGCCAAUAUGGAUGCAACUAUGAUAACAUCUUCCAAGGACUGUGUAGAAGAGCUAAUAAAGAGCGUCCCUCAGCCUGUUAAAACAUAUGACAUUACAGAAGAAAGAAAGCAGGACCCCUUUGGGGACACACUUAAAAGGAUGAUGAGAACUAUCCAUUCCUAUUUCAAUGUGCCUUCAAUUUCGGGGAAUUUGGGGUCACAGAUGUAUGAACAAUCGGUUGUGGAGCUGGAGAAAGAAGGAGCCAUUACUUUUGACAGAAAAAUGCGUAAUUGUGCCCUCCAUCUUCGGAAAUACAAUGAUUCCCUUAUGAUCAAUGACACAGUGCGCAUGAUUGACGCCCUUGAGAACCUGGCACUCUUCUACAGUACUGAGGAGAUCAGUAAACAUGCUCUUGAUCAAACAGAUCGGUUCCUCCUCAAAGUAUUUAAUGCUAAUAAAGCUGAGCUGCACUCACUUACCUUGAACCCAGUGUAUGAAAAUCCGAAGCUGAACACAUUGGAGCAAAUUCUCCUGGAAAGGUUCAAGGACUCAAACUCCCGAGGGAUUAUCUUCACAAAAACCCGGCAGAGCACGCAUGCCAUGCUGGGCUGGAUCAAGAGUAGUGACAAGUUACAGAAAGCUGGCAUCAAGGCAGAAUGUCUAACAGGGGCUGGUGUUAACAGCCAGACAAAGCAUAUGACUCAGCAACAACAAAAUGAGGUCAUUAGGAAAUUCCGAGAUGGCAUUAUCAACCUUCUAGUUGCCACCAGUGUUGCGGAAGAAGGCCUGGAUAUAAAGGAGUGCAACAUCGUCAUCCGCUAUGGUCUGAUCAACAACGAGAUUGCUAUGGUUCAGGCCAGAGGACGAGCUAGAGCUGAGAACAGCAUGUAUUCAGUGGUUGCUAAAAAAGACGGAAAGGAGUUAACCCGGGAGUUUACGAACGAGUAUCGUGAAAGUCUUAUGAAACGUGCAAUAGAGGCUGUGCAAGAAAUGCCAGAAAAGGAAUAUUGCAUAAAAAUUCAAGAGCUCCAACUGGAAAGCAUAAUCAGCCGGAAAGUGAAAGAACAGAAGCAUCAUGCUGUAAGAAUGGAAAAUGAUCCGAAAAAUGUCAGAUUUUUUUGUCGGAACUGCAAUGAGGCUGUGUGCCAUGGCAGUGAUAUUCAAGUCAUUGAGGGCAUGCACCACGUCAAUGUCAAUCCAAACUUCAAAAUUUACUAUACAGUAAGUGGAAAAAUAAAUCUUCCAAGAAAAUUUGAGGACUGGGAACCUGGUGGGACAGUGAGCUGCCGCAAGUGUGGUCAGGCCUGGGGGAUGGAGAUGAUCUACAAGUCUGUGUCUGUGCCCAGUUUAAACAUCAAGAAUUUUGUGGUUGAAUUGCCGAGUAUGAGAAAAACCUUCAAGCAAUGGAAAGCUGUCCCGUGCCAGAUGGAAGAAUUCAACUACGUAGAAUUUUGUUCAAAAUGCCUUCCAGAUCUCUUUGCAGAUUUCUUUUAAAACUGAAACUGGCUAAAUAUUUAUGAAAUAUCUAUGUACAGGUAUCCCCAAUUUUCGAAAGUUCGCUUUAAGCCACUUUGCUUUUAUGAAAGAUCUACCUAUUUUCACGAAUCAAAAGAAAUCUGAAAAGGAUUUUCACUUUUAUGAAAAAAAGCAAAAGUUUUCCCAUAUAAAUUAAUGCUUCUUUGCUUUACGCCAUUUCGGUUUACGAAAGGUUUCACAGGAACACUCUACUUUCGGAUAGGUGGGGAAACCUGUACUCAGCCACAGACAGGGUGUUACUGGACUGAAUUUGCAUCCUACAGCUUGUGGUAAUGACAAAAAUGAAAAUAAUCACGUUUAAUCCUAAAAUAUUUAGUUUCUUACCUAUUUAAGGAGAAGAGGAGAUAUGUUCUUUAAGAAUUAAGUUGCUGUUUCUGUUAUGUGGGACUAAUGGCAAUUGAUGAAUUCUUGAAAUAGUGGCUAAAUAUAAAUGUUUGUUUUCUUCUGUUUCUUAAAAGAAAAGCAUAAGUCAUUUUCAGGAUGAAGGUCCCUGCUUCAUUGUUCUGAGGAAAUUGUGGUAAACUGCUUAUGAGUGGUUUGUUGAGCCAUUUUGAAAGACAGUUACGUUAUUGCACUGUUCAUGAUAAUUUCACUAUUGUCAAGAUAUCACAAUGAAAUAUAGGGGAAUUUAAUAUAUUACUGUAAGGUUAUGCACUUAAUUAAUACUGAACUGUUUACACAAAAUAGCAUGUUUGAGUACUUAUCAUUCAUGGUAGCACAGGCUACCAGCCAAUCUGAAUAAAUUUCACAUUAUUAUUUUGCGGAAUUAGAUUUCAAGUGGAAAGCUUUUUUGUUUUCCAUGAGACUGUGGUUAAUGUCGGAUAUCUUUCCACUUUUCAUAUGUGCGCUGAAUUUAUCUUCUUGCUAGACCAAGUCUACUAA